AUGCAACCAGGAGAGCAUCUCUAUGCCCCGCAACAGCAGAGCUCCCUGGAAUUGAACCCUGCUUAUUACCAGCAAGCUGCUUUUUGUGGAACUGGGCUUUAUGAGACUUCCCAGGUGAGCAACUGCCCAGUUCCAUAUUACGGUGCGGAGAUGGUGAGGCAGCCUCCACCAUCAGCUGGGAACUUCUUCAUGGCAUCAAGCACUUACACUCCCUGGUCUGCAACGGGGAAUUAUUCAGCUACAAAUCCUGUACAAAUGCAGAAUGUUGAUGGAAGUGCUUCGGACUCUCAGUUUUUCUCUUUAAGUCAGGUUUCGGAACAAAAGAGCCAGACUGCCAAGGAGAAUUGGUUUCAGGGCAAAGAUUUACGAUGAGAACCUGUAGCAUUAAAGUAGCAACCAAACAAGCUGCCCAGGAGUCUUACUCCAUCCUAUGGUGUAAGAUGUUUGCAAAUGCUGCUUGAAAAAUACCAAAAAUAGACAUGAAAGAAAUCCUUUUCCAGAUUAGCAUCCCAACUCCUUCCUUGCUAUCCUGUACAUAUUUUACAAGCUCCGUCUUUUAAUGCAUUUUAAUGUAUUACUUUGAUGUUUUGAAUAAAGUUUGUUUUUUUUUUUUAAAAGAAGAAGAAGCAGGGGAAGAUUCAGAGCUGGAGGGUGGGUUGGAAGAAGGGGACUAAGAGGCAGGUCAGGCAAGUGAAGGGUCAGGUGCUUACCAAACCUCUCCUGCACAACUGUCUCCAAAACCAAGAAGGGAUUGAAAAGAGAGGGGCAGAGGCAGUUUCCACACAUAGGCAUAGUCUCUGGCUACCGGGGGAAGGUGCAUCAACUGGUGGAGGGGGAGUGGUCCCUUGUUGCUGCAACUGCUCCAUAAAGCGCAGAGAUGGGAAUAGCUGCCUAGCCGCUAGAUUGCUGUGCGUAGCUACCCAGAGCUGUAGAAGCAAACCGUGAGUGUUAUUUUUUUGACAAUAAAUGCUUAACUAUCUGCUGUAUGCAUUCCUUCGGCUGGGAAGCACCUUGACAGAUGGGCAUUACGAUGAGCAAAAUAAGAAGUACCUUGCUGAAAUUCAGCAAUAAGAGUUGCCAACUUCUGCCAGCAUUUCCUGCAACAGGCACAAGUUCUCUUAUGACGUAUCUGUGAACUGUUUGUACAAUACACUGGUAACUGGUGUGGGAGAGGAGAAAAGGGACUUUUUGGCACCGGCUGUAAUGACUGAGGUACCUUUCCGAGGGAAAUUCACUUCUCUUCCCUCUCAAAGUGUCCAUAUACUGAUUUGUAGGUAAUUCAACUGAUAUUUAAGGAUCUGUUGGCUGACUGGUUCCUGGGAGUUGUCUCAGUUGGUAGAGCAAGAUUCUUAAUCUCAGGGUCAUGGGUUCGUGCCCCAUGUUGGGUAAAAGAUCCCUGCAUUACAGGGGGUUGGACUAGAUGACCCUUGUGGUCCCUUCCAACUCUACAAUUCUAUGAUCUCAAUACUCUGGGCUUAUCUACACUUCUGCUUGUCCUGGGCCUAGAAAGCUGAGUCAUUUUCCACAUGUGCCAUGCUUUCUAAGCAUGGGUUCAAGCAGUUUUGCCCCACCGCUUCCCUCUGGAAAAUCCAAUUGCCGUUUGUUCCAAUUCAGAGCUAAAGAUUGGGUUUUCUUGGGGGAAAGGGCAGGCCAAACAGAGGUCUGGAUAAGCCCUCUCUUGGAUCCGUUUCAUGGCUUUUAUUAAUAUGACUGUGUUAGAUUUUGUACUUAAAUUUUUCACAAGGCUUGGGAUGACCCUGUACCUUUAGCCGGCUUGAGCUCACUUGCCCCAAUUUGCCGAACAAAACCUGCAAAUCAGUAAAUAGGGUUUGUUCUUAGGUUGCCUAAGAAUCAGUUCUGGACAGUGAGGCAGAGAAGCUCCGCGAAAGCACCUUCUUAAUUCUCCUUUCAAGCCACAAACAUCUAAAAGAACUGCAUGCGGUCAGGCCGGGCUAGUAGUGGUUUCCACUGCUAAGUAAUUUCUGUGGGCUUAUUGUAAUUUGUGUGGCAUUUUUCUUUGCCACACCAGGAUCACACGAUCGAGACCACUUCUUCCAAACAACUUGCAAGGAAUCGUAUCCCUGGCACAAUACUUUGUCAUGAGCCAGCCCUAGAUUUCGACAUGAUCUGUCUUGUGUAAUGGCUUCUGGAGUGAUGUGCUCAGGCUGACGCCAAGGUUUCUCAGGCUGGCAGCGCGCCUAGUCCUGCCCACACUACUGAGGAGGGUGAGUCAAAAGCAUCUUGCCCGCAGGAGCCUUUUCACAUCGUAUCUGCCCUUCUGCCAGCCUAGAUGGCUCUUGGCUUCCUUUCGCCCGGGUGUCAAGUCUGUGCGUACCUGCCGGCUUACUAACUGUUGCGGGCACUGGUAAGUGCGUUCAUUUCUUAACCCUUGCACAUUUUCAGAGUCCAAACAGAUAUAAUAUCUGCAUUCAGAUCUGCAUUGCUUCAUGCUUUGUGCAUUCUCUGCAAGGAGGAGUAGAUGGUUCUGUUGUGUUUCAAAACUCUCACAUCCACUUGUUGUGGGUGCAGAUAUUAUAUAUGUUUUGUUCCAGGCUUAGUAGGGCAUUGGUUUCAGUCACGCUAUAAUGAAUGUGGUGGCCAGGCAGGAUGAAAAAUUGUGUAUCUGUGGUAUGAGGAGCCCAAAUGGCACCAACAUGAUAAAAAACACAAUAUGAUUGUAUAUAUUGCAGGGGCCAGUGGUGCUGGGAGUCGUAGUUUAGCAGCGUCCUGAGGGCACUUGGAUUAUAGGUUUAUGGUUGUGUGGUAUUUGUGUGGUUGUUCGAGCUGCUCGUGCCCUUUUGUUUACUUCACUCAUGCCUUAUUCAUGAGAAGUUUUUAAAAAGAAAUAAAAUCAAUUAGGAGAGCGUGAGACUUUUAACCUGAGGGUUGUGGGUUCAUUUCAGGGGGUUAGAGUAGAUGAGCCUUCCAAAUCUACAAUUCUGUGAUUUCUUAUCCAUCUUUCACCCUGAGGUGAGUUACAACAGUGUAAAAAUACAAUUGUGAAACAGCUAAAAUGGAUUAAAAGAAAGGGAAUAGGGCGAACACAAAAGCUGCUUUAUGUUGAUGUAGCAGUUCAGAUCUGGAGGUCCCUAACCCUAUUUUCAUGUUUGAAGUUCUAUGACUACCUGCAUGCUAUGCCCCACAAGCUAGAGGGGCAAGGGUUGGAUAAGAGAAAUGGCAUUGGGAAGGCUUAAUCCCCAUACCCCAAGGCAACAUAUUCAAGCGGACUCUGAAUCAGGGCAUUUCCAUGGUUGCAUUUGCUUUUUAAAAGUUGUAAAGUGGGAGAUGCAAUUACAGGACUUCCGCCAUCUUGUCUAGUUUGGCCCUUAAAAGUGGGACAAGUUUAAAAGUAGACUCCAGUUGAAGCAAAUGUGAAUGCAAUCGCACUAAAAUUUGGGAACAUGAUGGGAAAGACAGAUUUUUAAACAAUAAUAAUGCUAUCUUAUUUUCAGUAUUUGUGUGGCACCCAAUCACAGAUUUACUGUGUGGCUGCCAUAUUAUACAGGGUCAGACGGUUUAUUCAACUGACUGCUCUGACUAAACUCUGCAUCAGCGGACAUAGUUGUUGUUGGACUACAACUCCCAUCAUCCCUAACCAGUGUUAGAAACUGAGAUAGGAAAGCUAGGAGCUAAAUGGCAACUUAAACCUAGGUUAUGGGCGCAACAACGGAAUGUCUAGGCCCCCUUUUUUAUAAGAAGAAUACAAAGCUGAAAAUGAAUGAACCGCAGCUAAAAUACUAUGUUCAUUUUUCACAUGGUCUGGUCCUUUCCCUGCUCGCCCCCCUAAUAUUCUUAACAGGGUCUCUUCUCCAGUCUUCAGAGAGCAGCUAGAAGCGGGGAGGCAGAAAAAGACCCUCCUUUCCUCCCACUCUGCAGUUUCAAUCUGAAAUCUUAGGCGCAGCACUGUGCCCUGAGCUCAGAAACUGCUCGUGCUAAUGAAAUUCCCUGCCGCAAAAUGCGCCCAGAACAGGGGGAGUUUCGAACACUGUCCCUAACCAUUGGUCAUGCUGGUUGGGAUUUGCAGGAGUUGUACUCCACAACAGCAGGAGGGCACUGCCAUCUACUCCUUGGCUAGGGGUUUUUCUUCGUAGCCACCUGGCUGAGGUCUGUCUCAGCUCUGCUUCCCAACAUCCUUUUAACAGGUUUCCAGGAACUGGCUCCAGGCACAAGCUCUUAAAUCCUACAUUGCAAAAUGUUUUCCAAGUACCAAUCCGAGCUACAGAUUUUACAGCGGUUAAGCCACUUAAAUCCUCCUCCUUUGUCCACAGCAUUGGCUGGUGGUGUUUAAUAAUAGCAGUUAAGUUAGAAUCAAUACUACUGUCAGAACAGUAGUAAAUACGCAGAUAUAUGACAUCUGGGUAUUGGUCUCCUACCCUCUCACCCCAUCGCCACCGCUGAUACUCACUGAUGUGGGAUGAAUAGAUUACUAUGAUUUAUUAAUUUUUUUAGGGAAGAAAACAAAAAACAACCGGUUAACUUGAAAUGCUGUUGGGAAUAUCUGUUCUGGUUGCUAGGAUUAAAGUCUUCAGAGAAAACUCUGGGAUUGAACAGCGAUUUGUAUAAUCCAAGACAAUGCUCUUUAAAUAUGUUGAACCCCACAGAAACCCCAUUAUCUGCUCUCCUUUUUUUUCCUCUCUACCAUCCUGGUGGGGCAGAGGUGCAGGUACAGAGGGAAAUGGUGGGCCGUGGAACAAACCUCUUCUCUACCACCAUCAUCCCACCCACAGGUGUCUUGCCAGCAAAGUACCACUUUUUCUUCUAUCUCCAUCUCUGGUUCGGUUAGUAAGGGGCCAACUGGAAAGUCUUAAAUGGCCUGUUUUGAUUCAGAGGUUGUCAGUUGCUGACCCAUGUUUCACAUCUUGACCUGCCUUGAUGUCCACCAAUGUCCCAAUCACUGUGUUAUUGUAUGAGUUUUAAUUUGCUUUAGUCUAUUCCAUUGCGGUUCUAACCUUCUGAAUGUUUUAAAUAACGGUGAUAAUUUUUUUAGUGAUAAUUUUAUUGUUUUAUCUUCUUUCUAAACCUAAACUGCUUCGAGGGUCCGUCCCCCCCUUUACAAUCGAGUGGUGUGUACAUUUUAUGAAAUAAAAUAAAUAUUGUUUGAUCGCCCUGGGAACCAAUGUGGUCAACUUGGUAUUUUAUUUUUUUUAUUUUUUGCUUUCCUUACAGUUCUUUCCUUGGGGGACUUCAGGUCCAUGCCACACAAAUUAAAACACUAGAAUUGGCACAUCCCAUCGCUCUUGUUCUGUUCCAGAGUGCUGCAGUCCUAUAUGAUGGGAAUGGAUUUGCUUAUUUCGUAUAUCAAAUGUCCCCUUAAAAAUAUAUGGCAGUGGUCUCUCCUUUCCAUCUGCCAUUCCAACUUAUGAAUGAGCCCUACCGCCUUGCCCCUUUUCAUUUUUUAACCAAAAUCGUAGCAUCUCCAGCCAUAUGCCGGCAGAGCUAACAGAUUCGGAGUUCACAGUGGCUAAGUCCAAGUAGAAUCCCUGCUUCAAAACAUGCCUUUUGCCAUAUGCUGCGAUGGCUUGUUUGGAAUAUUGUACAAAUAAGAUCUCCGCAGCCUCCAAGGUCGGAUGUGGGGGAGAUUCUGACUCAGUUCUGUCUCUUUGAAACUGUGUUCUAGGUUAGAGGGAACGUAGAUUGGCACAUUCCUGGUUGUAUGCAAUGUGUGAGUAAUGAAUCAGUAUUUAUUGCACAAAUGUUUUCCCAAGAUGGCACUAAUGAUAUCACUGUGACUGAGGAAAGAUCAGUGUGCCGCUAGCCUUUUUAUUAUGCACAUGGUUCGCUCUUCCAUGAUGCAAUGCGCUUGUGUGAACUAAUCAAAUAAAACAUUUUUGUUUAGGCAAGCCUAUCCCAGAUAUAUAGAUGUUGACAUAUUUUAAUCUCUUUUUAGAUUACCUCUGGUUUUACUUGUUUUUGAAAAGUUUUCACUACAGUAUUUGCUUUUAAAAACUGUUUUGAUUGAUAAUUUUAAAAAAGUCUUGUAAACUGCUUUAGAGGUUUUGUUACAAUCAAGUGGUAUAUAAUUUUUUGUAGAACAAAGAAAAAGCCUGUAGAUCCUGUGCGGUUUUUUUGUUUUUUGUUUUAAAUGUGCCUUUGAUUGUGCCAUGAGCAAAGUAACCCAGAAAUAUUUUAAAUAAGAAAAUAAAAUGUUGCCGGGGAAAUAGAUAGCUUAGUUGGUUAGAGAGUGGUGCUUAUAAUGCCAGGGUUGCAGGUUUGAUUCCCAUAUGGGACAGCUGUGUGUUGGACUAGAUGAUCCUCAAGGUCCCUUCCAAGUCUCUGAUUCUAUAACUGAGAAUCUUCCAUUUUCCCCAACUGCUCCCUCUGAGUCCCUUGAGAAUCCCUCUUCUUUGGAGAAACCCUGCAAAAACCCUGGAAAAGGGAAUGUAUUUAUCUGCUCCCUUUUAGAGCACAUCCCUCACAAGGAGUUAUAUAGCUAAAGGAGAUCCACUUAAAUGGUAUGGAAUCUAAAAAUCCAGAAUGCAGGGGUGAAUGUAUGCCCUUAUAUUUGGUUUUUUAAAAAGGGGGGGCACUUAAGUUGGUGUCCAGGCAGUCCAAAUUAAGGGCCUAUAGCAUGACAGGUUGCAAAAGCUAGCUUAUCACAGACAGUGGCGAGCAUGAGCUAUGUAAGGCACGCCGUCAAUUAGUGGAUAUCUUCUUCUGCUUCCCUUCCGAGAUUCCAGCGGACAUUGCCCACACCCUUUGAAGUAUCCUUGGAGCCCGUAAGGAUUGGAAUUUUACUCUUUGAAAGUGGCAACCACUGCCUACUGAAAAGCAAGAUUGCUUGCUGACUCCCCUGUUUCGGUAGAAAAAACAGUUUGCAAUUUACACUUGGGGGUUCUUGGCUAAUCGAUGGACAAACCAGACCGCCCCCCGCAACCUUCUCCUACCGACGUGCCGUUCAAUUCUGUGUCUCUCAGUGCCUCUCAAUUCUGUAUCUCUCAGUGAUGGUUUCAUGGAGAAUUCAUAAUGGUCCAAGUUGGGAACUCUUUGAACAUCAAGCCAGUACCUUGUAAACAAAAUAAUCCCAUCGGGUCUCUAGGUGAAAUUGGUUUUGUAGGAUUGUUUUGUCUUGAAACCUUGUCAGCUAGUGGAGUAAUGGAUACCUUUUUCUUCUUUUUUUUGUUUGUUUUGUUUUUCAGACAUGUGUUCAGAGCUUGACCUGGGCUUUUUCUCUAUGGCGAUGUGGACCAUUGGCCUCGGAGCCAUUGGGGCUGCUGUGACAGGGAUAAUCCUUGCCAAUACAGAUUUGUUUCUGACUAAAGCGGAAAAGGCUUCCUUGGAUUUUCUCGGGUCGGCAGAUCUGAAGACUCUGGGAGGAGGUAAGGCUUAUGUGUGGUAGGGUCCUCUGUGGGCUAAGAACCCAGCGUUCUGAAAAAGCAGUCGGUUAUACUUUGGAAAGCCUGUUGCGGGAAAGAACCUGGAUUUCCAGGCAUGGGAAAAAGACCCAUGAGCGGUAUUUUUGUCUUUGUGGAAUCUGAUCUGCAGCUUUCUCAUCUGUGGCAUAGAGUUUAACACAAUUCCCUUUGUUUCCAGCAGGCACUGAACUGCUUAUAUCAGAGGUUUUCAACCUUUCUGAGUCUAUGGCUCCCUUAACCAACUACAUUCUUUCUGUGGCACCCCUGUAAGGCUCAGGAGCCCAGUUGUGUCACCCCGUGCUUGCAGAGCUGGCAACCUCUCACCCAUUUUCAAACACCCUCCCUUGUGGAGUGUUCCCUCAGCCCCCUCUCCUCGCCCCUCUCCUUGGGAAUCCUCUGGGCAGCAGCUGCUGCCGUCCCUGGACAACAUUUCCCUAUGGAGCUUAUAGCCAGGGCUGCUGCAAUAAAUAGCUGUGCUAGCCUUUGGGAAACAGAACUGAGAGGGCAUCAGAGGAGGGAGGGAAGGAAAGAGGGACAGAAGCCAGUGUUGCCUGCAGCACCCCUGACCAUCAUUCAAGGCACCCCAGGGUGCCACGGCACACUGGUUCGAAACCACUGGCUUAUAUGAUUAAAAUGGCACCACAUGUGCACAAGUGGGACAUAAUCAAUGGGCUUGUUUGCAGAAGUACAAAAAAUUUUUUUUUUGAGGGGGAAGCCCUCUGGGAACUGCAGAAACAACCCAGGGAGGGCCGAAUACGAUCAGUGCACACAGAAUGCUGACUGUCUUGCGGAAAUGAGUGUCAGGAGUGUGGGAUAGAAUAUUUGGAAUCUUGAACAGAAGCGCUUCACUCUGCAACACUUGGUUACAGAUCCCACUUGCUCCCCUGUUUCUGAAAGAAAAUGUGUUCACUGAAAGGCCCCAGCCCAACUCAGUGAGGCUGUACUUGCCACGCACAGUUUGUGAGCCUGUGGCAUGGUGGCUUCAAUUAUAUCAUUCAGCGUAACACUUGAAAUUCAAGUGGUCUCCAGAAAGCCCCAUAAAUAAUAUCGAAAAAAGCUGAGAAGAUAGUCCAUCUCACACGGCUGCCGAAGUGAACAAGAGGCAACAAGGACCAUAAUGACAUGUGCUAUUGUUUGUCCCUCAGCAGAGCCAAGAGCAUUCAAAGCAGAGGAACUGUGGAGGAAGCAUGGUGCCGUCAUCAUGGCUGUGCGGCGGCCUGGGUGAUUUUUGUGCAGAGAGGUAGCGUGUUUUCCUUGUGGUUUCUUUCUAAAGACCAAAUGAUGGGGUUUAACCUUGCUAUUUCAAGACGCUUGUGGGCUUCACAGAUACAGAGAUAAGGGUCUAGUAUAUUUUCCAUGUUGCCAAUUUUUUGGUACUACGUUAAAGAGUUUCACAGAAUCAUAGAGCUGGAAGGGACCAUGAGGGACAUCUAGUCCAACCCCCUGCAAUGCAGGAAUCUCGUGCCCAAGUGGGGCUUGAACUCACAACCCGGAGAUUAAGAGUCUCAUGCUGUACCAACUGAGUUACCAUAUUUGCUUCUUGGGUUUUUUUUUGUCAAUCUCCUUUUCCAAAUCUUCCAUUCGGAUGAGCUGCAGUAGGAAUAUUACAGGUCCAGUCCUGUUUGCAUUUUCUUUUUCAUACUCAAGUCCUCUUCCUAUGUCUACCUUCCUCCUAUUGUUCUGUGUUGGACGCCUGGCAGUGUGGAGAUGCGGUGGAGAGAUCCUUCAGCGGCUAAACUUACCAUUAAUUUUGAGCUUAGGUUUCCUUAGGUUACAACAUGUGUUUUGACCUUUGCAUCUUGCUUGGCUUUAGAUUUACACAAGGAAAGCCUGAUUUUCCUCCCAGUUAUGUUAAUUAGAUUAUUACAAUAAUAAGAUGAUUACAAUAAUAAAGUAUAUACACAGAGAGAGACAACAAUUUAAAACAAGGUACUAAUUAAAAUGUUCUUUUAAUUAAUCCUGCAAUCCUAACCCUAGGAAGAAGCCCCUUUGAAUUCACCAGUACAUGGUUAGGAUUGCACUGUUACUUAUUUUAAAUAUUUUUAGGUUGCAUACCCGGACUGUGUCCAGCCAACUAAACCGCAAAACCACAAGAAAUUGAAAGAAGGCGACAGUCCUAAAAUCUGCAACAAAUAAUGGAAUUAAAAUGUGAAAAGCGGUAGCAGAGCACAGUUGAAAGUGUUCUAGCUGUCUAAAGAUGGAAAAGAAAGAAUCCAGUGGCGUUCAGCUAGGAGGUCCACAGUUGCAACACCACCAUGCAGCAGGCUCUGCCUGUUCCUUAGAUAGGCCACAGAGCAUUAGCACUUCUAAAAUCCCCUCCCAAUGUGAUGCCAUCUUAACAUACAUUCCCACAGGCUUCAUUUCAGGGCAUGUUUGAUAAGAGCAGUAUGAGGGUUGUCGCUAUAUAGGGAUGGUUGUAGGCUGCAGCCACAUAACUUAUCUCUUCUCUCAUUCGUAAGGAAGCUGCUCAGCUGUCCUCUCUGAAGCCCCGGCUUGACCAGCUGGGCGUUCCCCUGUAUGCUGUUGUGAAGGAGAACAUUGGGACCGAGGUGGAGCAAUUUCAGCCGUAUUUCAAGGGGGAGAUAUUUCUGGAUGCACAGGUAGAUCCAAUUGGUGACUUGUACUUGGGUUGUUCAUCUGUCUCAUAGAUUAUGUUAGACGUUUUGAGCCACUCUGUCUGAAUGCGUUUUCAGGUGCGAGGCUUAAGGCUAUUCUUGCUUAAACUGGUUUGUGAAGCAAUCAUUAAGUUUGCACUGGCCAAAAAGCUUAUACAGUGGUACCUCGGGUUACAUAUGCUUUAGGUUACAUACGCUUCAGGUUACAGACUCUGCUAACCCAGAAAUAUUACCUCGGGUUAAGAACUUUGUUUCAGGAUGAGAACAGUAAUCGUGCUCCGGUGGUGCGGCAGCAGCAGGAGGCCCCAUUAGCUAAAGUGGUUCUUCAGGUUAAGCACAGUUUCAGGUUAAGAACGGACCUCCGGAACGAAUUAAGUACUUAACCUGAGGUACCACUGUACGGUCCUUUACUGGCAAAAGGUUCACAGGUGGCUCAAAGAUAUGUGUGGGAAAACUCCACAAUUUACCAUUGAGCCCCUCCUGUGCUGCUUGGCUGAAGGUGUGAUCAUUUGCAAAUGUGAAACACAAGACUUUUUGUAAUGCACAUUUGCAUUCUGAAUACCAUUUGCAUUGCAUAGUGAUUUGGGUUUUUUUUAAAAAAAAUGCCCAUAGCUUGGGUAAUGGCUCCCCAAUGACCUACAAAGGCAUGCCUCUCUUGCUGUCUUCUUUGCAGGGGCACACAGUGAGAAUACACUCCCACAUAAGUUUUUGACCACCUUCAGAAAUGAAAGCUGCUCAUGUUGGGCCAUGAUCCCACUUACUAAAACUUCAGAGCACACAGAUCCCUCCAGCAGAGCCACUGUGAUAAGAGAUGUGGCUAUGCCUCUUCUGUUGCAACUAGGGGGUCUGGAGGGAAGUCGGUGGCAUGAAGAUUAUCUUAGCAAAGCUGCUACUUAAGAGGCUAAUUGGCUUUUGCUUUUCUAUUUAUAUAUCAUAAAUAGACAUAGGCAGAAAACAGGUUAGCUCUGAAGCACUGGCCUGUCUUUGCAUGAUUUCCCCAUUAGCAUGCAUAGAUAAAUGGAAAGAUUAGGACAUUUAUUUAUUUCCCACAUAAUUGGGCUGUGUGUCUUAUUAGGCACCCCAUGUUUUAGCAGGUGCCAAAAAUAAAAAUAAAGUUGGUAACAAAUCAGUUGCGUGUGGUUCACCCGUAAGAACAGAUACUGUGAUGUCAUUUCACUAUGUUUACUAAUGGUAAACCAAGGGGGGAGUAAGCUGUUUUGAAAAUGUUCGGGGCAGAAUAAAAGCAGAUCCUUUUUUAACGGUGAGGCUGCGCUGCAAACAGCGUAUGGAUCGGUAUGCAGAUGAGGGGCGAAGGGGGGAGGCAGGCAAGAAAGAAAUGAAUGAAAAGGUAGAGGGGGGAGCAACUCUUUACUCAGGAGGGGGUGCUAAAAACAUUACAAUUCCGCAGCUAGGAAAUCCAAAUUCUAUGUCAACCAAGUGAACCUGGUUUCAGCAACUUAGCUAAAUCAUUCAAUGCCCUCGCCCCAGGUCUGGCCGACCCAUGAGACGGGGUGCAGCAGGAUCCACAGAGGGAGCUGAUCCUGCCUCCAAGGAAUGCAUUGCCUGUUGCUUUUGCAGUGGCAGCUCCUCGGGGGCUGGAUUUGCCACUUCCUCAGCAGCCGCACCCCAAUGCUGUCUCUACAAUGGCCUCUUGGCCAGUAGGAGGCGCUGCUGGUCUCCUCUCACCCUUGUCCCUGAUGUACAGCUUUAUUCCCAUCUUGUUCCUGAUGUAGAUCUCCGCUCACCCAUUCUCCCAUGGUGGUGGGGAGGCGCCAUUUUGUGGCUUGCCUCAGGCACCAAAAUGUCUUGGGUCAGUCCUGCUCCCCACAGCCAUUAGAGACCUUACGCAAUGACUCUUCCAGCCCCUGAAAUUGCAGCAGCCAUCACCUAAGUACUUUCAAAGAAUCAUAGAUUUGGAAGGGGCACAAGGGUCAUCUAGUCCAACCCUCUGCAACGCAGGAAUCUCAGCUAAAGCAUUUCAAGCAUAUAUUUGUAGCUAAAGGGCUAGAAGCUUAUUUUGGCGUGAAAGCCAAGAUUCUGAAGAAGCUUAGUUUUUGCACCCAGUACCACGCUCUGUAGGGACACAGGUGGCUCUGUGGUGUAAACCACUGAGCCUUGGGCUUGCUGGUCGGAAGGUUGGCAGUUCGAAUCCCCACGACAGCGUGAGCUCCCGUUGCUCGGUCCAUGCUCCUGCCAACCUAGCAGUUUGAAAGCACGUCAAAGUGCAAGUAGAUAAAUAAGUACUGCUCCGGCGGGAAGGUAAACAGCGUUUCCGUGCGCUGCUCUAGUUUCGCCAGAAGCGGCUUAGUCAUGCUGGCCACAUGACCCAGAAAAACUGUCUGCAGACAAACGUCGGCUCCCUCUGCCAGUAAAGCGAGAUGAGCACUGCAACCCCAGAGAUGUUCAUGACUGGACUUAACUGUCAGGGGUCCUUCGUGACCGACACUUCGUGACCCCAUGGACCAGAGCACGCCAGGCACUUUACCUUUACCUUUUUACCACGCUCUGUGGCUAUGCACACACCAUACAUAUAAAGUACCUUGCCCCCAAAGAAUGCUGGGAACUCUAGUUUACCCCUCAGAGGUACAAUCUCCAGGACCCUUAAACUACAGCUCCCAGGUUUCUUUGUAGGGAGCAAUGUGCUUUAAAUGUAUAUAGCAUGCAAGCAGCCUACUUUCCCUGCACUCCUGCAGAAUGAGAAUGUACACAAAGUCCUAUCGGUGGUAGUCUGAACCUUGUUUACCUUUUGUUUUGCUCCGGAUCAGGAAGCGUUGUGUUUCUCUAGGAAGAACACACUCUCUCUGUUUUGACUCAAGUGUUUCUAAUCCCUUUCUAUAGAGACGUUUCUAUGGGCCUAAGAAAAGAAAGAUGACCUUUUUGGGCAUGUUUCGCUGCAGCGUCUGGAGGCAUUUCUUCAACGCUUGGAAGCAUGGCUAUACUGGGAACUUGGAAGGAGAAGGCUUUGUCCUGGGAGGAGUUUUCGUUAUUGGUCCUGGGGAGCAGGUAUCUGUGUGUAUGUCUGUGUGUGUGUGUGUGUGUGUGUGUGUGUGUGUAAAUGAGCGAGUGCAAAGCUGUUUCCAUCCAUCCUGUAGUUCCAUGUUCUGCAGUUUUCAACCUCCAGAAGGGUCUUAAAGACCACUGCUCUCUCUUGUCUGGUCUCCUGCAUUGAGGCAGAACUAUGGCUCCAUUGAACAUUCAGCAUCCUUCCCAGAGGGCGGCCCCACUUUUUUGUUUUCAUGAUCUGGGAAAGAUGCAAAGAGGUAUUCAUCUUGCUGAAAGCCCAGGCCUUGAUUCUGGCAGCUGACUCCGUUCCCAAAAGGCCAGGGAGCAAAAAAGUUAGUCUUACAAAGGUAACGAAAUGCAGAAUACUGAAAUCCUAACCGGGGGGAUCAGGUGUGGUAUUGCUUUCUUUUUUUUAAGGACAUGGCAGGAUUAAGUAAGUAAGGGAUGUGGUAAAUGAGGCAUGGGCAUCGCCAGGAUUUAUUGGGGAAGUGGGGCAGGACACCACCACCACCCUGGUCCUGUUCCAGAAGUGGAUCUACUCAAUUAGGGAUUUUCUCAAUUUUGCACCCGUGUGGAGGAAGCGCCUGUGCUGCCUAAAUCCAGCGCUACUUCACGUGCACAGAAAUAGGGAGCUUAGAGGAGUUGCUGAAGUUUAAGAGUCUCAAACAUAGUCUUAUACAAAGGAAGUGCGUACCUGACCCACAUUUUCCCUUUUAUUUUAGGGCAUUCUCCUGGAGCAUCGUGAGAAGGAAUUUGGAGACAAAGUGAGCCUUGAUUCUGUCCUUGAAGCUGUUGAGAAGAUCCAACCACCACCUUCAGAGCAUAACUAG